AUGUACGUCCUUUCCUCUUUCUAUCUAAGCGCUGCCCCCGCCCUCUCCUCUCCCCGCCAGCAGCAUGACAUGGCAACAAGCAUGGGCGCUGAGGCAGAGGAGGAGGUAGGGGACAGUGCCCCCGCCCUUUCCUCACCCCGGCAGUGGCAUGACAUGGCAACAGUCAUGGGCGCGGAGGCAGAGGAGGAGGAGAGUAGGCCGAGCCACGUACGAAAACAGGCAUGGGCGCUGAGGCAGAGAAGGAGGAGGCAACUCAAUGCGCCCUCUGCACUGUGGCUGCUCGCCGCUCCUGCUGUGCAGAUCCCACUCUUCUUCACCUGGAUAUUCACCAUGCGCCACAUGGCCCUGUCAGCGCACCCGGGAUUCGAUGUCGGCGGGUGUCUGUGGUUUGAGGACCUCACAGCUUUCCCCCACGGCGUGCUGGGCUGGGUGCUUCCCCUCUCCAUCGCUGCUUCCUUCUACUCCUCAGUGCAGGUGACCAUGCCGCUGCACAACAUGGGUGUGCAAUCUGCUUCUCACAAGGCCAUGCUGGCCUACCGAACCUUCCUCGAAUUCCUCACUCUCCCGACUCUCUAUGCUGCAGUCAACGUUCCCCAGGCAGUGCACGUGUAUUGGCUCACCAACAACACCCUCACUCUUGCCCAGGCCUUGGCUCUCCGAUCUCCCACCAUCCGCCAAGCCUUAGGCCUGCCCACCAUCGCACAGAUGCAGGCCAUGCAGCAGCAGCACACUAGCACCAUAACUGCUGCUGCUUCUGCCGCCGCUGCUUCCAAGGGAGCUCCUAACAGUGAUGUCUCUAUUCCUGGUGGCACGGGGAGUGUGGGGCAGUUGGUAUCAGAGCAGGAAAUUGCACGGCUGACAGACCCCCAUGCGUUGCUCGUUGCUGCAGCACAGCUGAAGGCCGCAGGGAGUGCGGAUUUGGCUGCUUGCGCUCUGAGGCGUGUUCUGGAGAUCGACCAAUCGGCAUCCUCCGCAUGGCUGGGAUUGGGUCAGAUGCACAGCGGUGCAGGGCGGUGGGUGGAGGCAGCUGAAUGCUUCUCCCAGGCAAUCAACCACUCCAAGGAGCGUGCUGACGUGGCAGUACAGCUGGCAGCUCACCUGGGCGCGGGUGUGGCAUUGGCACAGCAGAGCCGUCCAUUGGAGGCCAAGGCGUUGCUGCAGGUGGCAGCAGAGACGGUGCUGGAGGGGGAGCACAAGAGAGACCCUCUGAACCGACGACGACACGCACAGGCCAUGCUGGCCCUUGCAAGCCUCUUGAGUGCAGAGGGGAACCGCAGGGAGGCAAAGAAGUGGGUAGUUGCAGCUGCAGACUAUGACCCUUCUGUGCUGGACACAUUCGGUCAGGAGCUUGAGGGAGAGGAGGAGGGCGUCGUGCAAGGGAAAGGGGAAAGGGUGAGCUUGAAGGAGAGGAGGAGGAGGGAGGGGGAGGAGGAGGAGGAGGGGGAGGAGGAGGAGGAGGAGGAGGAGGAGGAGGAGGAGGAGGAGGAGGAGGAGGAGGAGGAGGAGGAGGAGGAGGAGGAGGAGGAGGAGGAGGAGGAGGAGGAGGAGGAGGAGGGCGUGGUGCAAGGGAAAGGAGGAGUUCUGUGA